AUAAAAAAGUCCACAGCAAAACAACAAAAAUAGGAACAAGCCUUUUCCAGAAAACAAACCAAAACCAAACCAGCCACACCACACUACACCCAUACCUCUCUCUCUUUCUCUCUCUCUCUCUCUAAAAUAUCCCUCCACACCAUACCAAACCCAAAACUCUCACACAACCCAAAACAUGAAAUUACCAUCAAAAACCAUUUCAAGCCCAGCUCGCACAGACAAAUUCCCUCCACCAUUAAUGCGAUUCUUAAGAACCAAUGCAUCAAGUAGAAGCAGAAGAUCAAAAUCAAGCCCCAUGUUCGCACUCCGCAAGAAAAACAACAACACCACCAUUGAAACUCAAGAACCUUCUUCCCCUAAAGUCACUUGCAUGGGUCAAGUCAGAGCCAAACGCUCCUCCAAAUCAAAAUCAAAAUCAAAAUCUAAACAAAAACAACCCUCCCCCACUCCCACUCAUCGCUCCUGGAUUAAAAAGCCCAGUACAUGCCGUUGUCGGCCCGUUUGGCCCAAAUGGACUGCUUUCUUCAGAAGAAAAAAAUCAACUAAACCAAAACCACCAGAUGAGUUUGUUUCUAUUUCUAUUUCUAAUAGUCAUAUUAAGAAAGAGAUGGUUAGUUUUGAUAAUUAUAAUCAAAAUCAAAACCGCAAUGCUUCAGCUUCAACUUCAACUUCAAACUCUUCUCCUCCCAAGAAUGCGUUGCUAUUAACACGGUGUAGAUCCGCUCCGUACAGAUCUUCUUCACUUGCGAGUAGGUUUUGGAAUUCACCUUUGAGGAACGACGAAACGGAGUCUACUACUUCCGAUAACGAGAAAUCGAGUUCGCAGUCGCAGAAUAGAGACUCCGUUUCUGAUAAAGAGGAUUCCAUAGGUACUGAAAUUGGAAAAAUCGGUUCAGUUAGGGAUUUGGAGAAUGUUGAAGAGUUGUUGUUGAAGGGAAGGGUGAAAAAGGAAGAAGAUGAGGAUUCUGCGGUGGCGCGUCCGGUUGUACUGACUCGGUGCAAAUCGGAACCGGCGAGGGUAAGUUACAGAAUUGACCCUGAGGUAAAUAGUUCGUGGAAAAAGACAAGGUUGGGGUUUGCUGUUACUUCUUCUCCUCUCCACAUACUUUCUGAUUAAUUAAUUAUUGUUAUUAUUAUUACAUUAUUAUCUGCUAAAUUCUUUUUUUCUUUUCAUUAUUAUCAUUAUUACAAAAUCAGUUAAAUAUAAUAAAUAGUUAUAUUUUUGUUA